AUGGAGAUCCCUUCCGGACAAUCCGGUGUUCUUUGCGGGAGAUGGCAAAGCGGGGGCAAAAGCCUCGGCAUCUCCCUGCAAGGAGGUGAGCUGUCUCUGCAGUUUGGUGCGGAGACUUCCUCUUGGCAGGUAACGCCUGAGGUGCACACCGAGAAGGAGUGGCCCAAGACAUGGAUUGCAUCACCGGCGGGCUCGCAGGACAUGCAAUGCCGCCUGGAGAUGGAGUCGUCGAAUUCACAGCUGGUCGUGAGGACCGGAGACAGCAGUGAGCUGUUCAGCCGAGUCUCUGCACCAGCGAAUGGAGCCGCGAAGGCGCCGGAGCCGCUGGAGAUCGAGGCCUCUCCAUCCAGAUCACGUUCGAACUCAUGCUCGGGUUCGAGAUCUCGUUCCUCAUCAUCUACGAAGCAAGGCAAGAAGAGUCAGGAUGCCAGCUCUGGUUGGCUGAAUUUGCGCUCAGUGUUUCUCUUUGCCCUGAAAGCACGUUCCGGCCUGUCUCCGCCCCGCUGCCAUUUAUGCUUUCUCAUCAUAGAUCUUGAGCCUUCUUCCACUGCUUCGGGUCGCCCUGCAGAAGGUGAAACGCAUGGCCUGUGGAUGAGCCUUUUCCAGGCGCGGGAGUGGUGGAGCACCCAAGUUAGCGAAGAUGAAGAGUUUGACACCGGUUGUUUGUGCCUGGCCAACAUUGACAAUGAACCAAGCGGCGCGAACAAGAUCAUCACUGGAAGCUACCAGGGAAUGCUCCGCAUGUACUACCCGAAGCAGAAGGAGUACAAAAUCGAGGACCUCAUCCUCGAGAGCAACAUGGAGGCGCCGAUCCUUCAGAUUGAGGCAGGCAGAUUUGUGCAGGGCAGUCGAGAGAUCUGCAUGGCUUUGCUUCACCCACUGAAGCUGUCAGUGUAUAUGGUGUCGGCAGUUUCGUCUGGCGGCUCGGUUAACUACUACUCCAUGGCUCUGGCCUAUGAGCACAAGCUUUCAAGGCCGGCCUUCAACAUGUGUUACGGAUGUUUUGGUGGUGUUAGAGAUCGUGAUUAUUUCUGCGUCCAGUCGUUGGAUGGCGUGCUGUCCUUUUUCGAGCAGGAGUCGUUUGCCUUCAGCCGGAUGUUGACAACGAAUUUUCUGGUGCCCGGUCCCAUAUGCUAUGUGCCAAAGAUCGACAGCUUUGUCAUAUGCACCGAUGCAAUGUGUAUAGAGGCCUAUCGGUACCAGGUUCUGGCAGCUGCUGCAGACAACGUGGACCAAACAGCAGGAGACGGCGCCCCUGGCAAGAAGGUCCAG